AUGAAACGCUGCUGGAUGCCCGGUGGAUUUUAUUAUGCUUUGAGCGAAGGCGGUUUGGAUUACCUUCGAUGCAAAUGCCGAAAUGAAAGAGCCGUAAAGAUCAACACUCAAACACCAGCAGUAAUGAAACACCAUACAAUAGUAAGCAAUCGAGAACUGCAGCUGUCAAAAGCCAACAAUUGGUUUGUUUGGACGGGAAAAUCGGCUCUUCGUCUACACCUGCUCAACAUGAUUUUAGUGGGAAACCACGAUGAUCUACUGAAGUUAAUUACCGAAUUGAAGAAGCGCGACGGAAAUAUUGACGAAUUGUCCGAUCGCUUUGUCUCUGCAGUAGAAGCUCACAUAAAAUGUGGUCGCGAGCUCGAUAUAAGUGUCUUUUUGGAUAACAGAGAAACAAUGCAAGUAGCUGACCGCAACGGGGACACGUUUUUGCACGUGAUGCUACGAUAUUGCGAAGAGGAAGUGAUUCAGAGAUUUUUUCACCUCGACUCAAUCCUGGGCACUAACCCAAAAAACUAUGUGUCAAAUAUCACCGAAGUCCAUAACUGCAUCAACGCACGGAACUCGAUGAAGGCAAUGACGCCUUUGCGUUUAGCAGUCAGAAGGGGAUUUUGGGGCACUUUCCAGAGCAAUAACCCUGAGAUUCUUCACGAUGCAGCUGCUAAUGGAAAUGAUACGAAAAAGAUUGAAAUUGUUCGAAAACUGAUCGAGUUCGGAUUUUCUGUUGAAAAGGAAAAUGACAAAGGGCAAAUCCCGCUUCACAUUGCCGCCAAGUGCAACAACGUGCACAUCGUCGAGGAAUUGCUCAUGAAGCACUGCAGGAUUUAUGACGAUGGAAGAUCUACUUCUUCCGACCUCGCAACUUGCAGUCAGACUGGCGACCUGGCGUUUCAUUUGCCGACGAUUUCGGUUUAUUUCGCGAAGAUGGAUCCUGUUUCAAAAGCCAAAUCAAUUACGAAGAAAGACCAACGCGGAAUGACACCAUUGCUCUACACGGCUUGUAGUGGAGCUUGGGAAGCAGCUAAAACUUUGAUUUGGUGUCUAAAAGAAGUGCAAGCAUCGAAGCUCUAUUUCGAUGAAAAUAAUGAUGGAGAGAAUUUGAUUAUCAUCGCCGCGAAGAACAGCCAUUCCGACUACCUUGAUAAACUCAUCACUCUUAUGGAAAAAGAAAAGAUUCUAGACCAGACGUUCUUGCUCAAAUCAUCCAGCACAGAUCAUACGACGGCCCUACACAGUGUGGUUGAGCACGGAUCACUCACGGCGACAAAGAGACUUAUCCAAGAAAAAGUACCCAUUGACUCUUUGGAUGGCAAAAAGCAGACUCCACUUCACGUUGCUGCAAAAAUCGGACAUACACAUGUGGUCGAAUACUUCAUGCGGUUACCAGACAUUGUGCCGAUUAUCAAUUACAAGGAUAAUCGUCUGGAGACCCCUUUGCAUCUUGCCGCUCAAUUCGGCUUUGAUAAAAUCGUUCAAAUGUUACUGAGAAGUGGAGCUGACCCGAACAUCGACAAUGUCGACCGAGAGACGCCGUUCAUUGUCGCCGUGACGAACGGCCACUUGGAAUGCGUGAAAAUCUUAUUGGAACCCUCAGAAAUCAAUAAAGAGAAAGAGCAUGGAACUCCGCUGCAUUAUGCAGCAAAAUAUGGGCACGUGUAUGUGGUGCAGUACCUGCUUCGACAGGGAGCCAAAGCUGAUCCAAAAACCCUCCUUUUAGAGAUUCGGGAUAAGCAAUCGCGAACAGCGCUGGACAUAGCCAUCGACGAAAACAACGAG